AUGGAUCUCCUUCACUUCUCUCGGGAUACCAACACCAUCGUUAGCUCCAAAGGUGAUGAUGGAUAUGGUUUCUUGUGGGACAUGGAUCUAGAAGAAAAUAGCCUGGAAGAUGCCGUGGCUUCGCACUUGGACGCAACAACGUUCGAUGUUGAUAACGACAAUAGCCCAGAAACAAAGCGAUUCCUUCACUCCACUUCGCAGAUAUGUCUCUUCAAUAUUUCGACAUUCCGGAACUCCUCUCUGCUAUGUUCAGAAUUCUUCUCGUUGACUUUCAGAAUUCUUCCUGGUGAUAUUCCAGGUCUUCUCUGUUUAAGCAAAUUCUGA